AUGGAAGAUCUUGGUGAAGCAAAGAAGAUACUUGGCAUAGAGAUAUGCAGAGACAGAUUUCAGUAUAUAAAUUGGAGUUCAAGCCAUGAAGCGAAACUAACUUCAGUUCAGCUAGCAUCUGUUGCAGCAUCAAUUCGAGUUGAUCUCUGCGAACGGAAGAAGCUAAUGGGUGGCGGUCAGCUCAGGCGACUUCCUCACACUUUCUCCAGGGUCCUGGAGCUCCCCCUUAAGUCUACUGCUGAUGUGUCCAUUGAAGAGAGCUCCGACUGCUUUCGCUUCAUCGCCGCAGCAAGUGCAAUUGGUAAUGUCAGUGCCCAUGUAACAGAAGCAAUCUCGGGGUUUACAAAGAUUUUGAUUAUAGGGAGUAAUGUUCUUGAACUCUCAUGGGAUGAUCUUGAGAUUGACAAAUGGAGGUUCAGGCUUCCGCCAUCAGCGAGGCCGGAAAUGGUGACCACCAGUCAUGUUGACGGGAAGCUUAUAGUAAUUGUGCCAAAAAGUGUAAAGGGGGGCUUGAGGGAAGGCCUGGCUCGGCCUAUCCUUGUAAAAUAAAAAGAUUCUUUUCUUUCUUUUCUGACUCCAAUUUUCCGUAUGCUUAAAGCUUGCCAAUACAACUAGCUAUUUUAUGAUCACAAA